AAUCGGCUGUGGAGGGACUUCACCACCUCUUCUCCUUCAUGCAGCUGCUAAAAUCCAAAAUGCUGGUGAAGCACGGUGCAGAGUAUCGGCAGAUCCUCAAGGACAGUCAAACUGAGAGAGCCUUCUGGGUCACCAACAUCAGCAAUAUCACAUCGCUGUUUGGGAAGUACUUCAACCCGUCCGAGAGCAUGGACUUCCUCCUCGUUGCUAUCGACGGCGUGAGAGACUCCAGCGUCCAUGACGCAGUGACGGCCAGGAACAUGCUGCAUAUGAUCCUGGAGGUUCCCGGCCUAGGCUUGGUGAGGGUGUCAGAGGCUGUGAGGAGCAUUCAUAACCACCUGGACUCCAUCAGCGAGCCACUUGCCCGGCAGGAGCUGCUCAGGGCCCUUCUCCUGCUGGGUUCCCAGUUCAGCGAGGAGGUGGUCGGAACCCUGCUGGGCUGCUCACUGUCAUGUGACAGUGUUGCUGCAGAGAUGUGGAAGAUGCUGACAUCCCAGCCCAAGAGCACAGAAAAGAUCCUUAGGGAGCUGGUCAGCAGGCUGCAGGGGCAGGCUCCACGACGGCAUCAGCUCUCUCAGAGACCGGCCGGCGUCGCCUCCUUGGCCGCCACAAGAGCCCUAUAUGUGAUCCUGCAGGAGCAGGCCUGCAGGCAGGAAGUGAAGGAGCUCUUCCCUCAGCUCUACGUCGCGCUGCUCUUCCACGUCACCCACACAGUGCAGCACACUGCUUCGCAGGAGAGGGAGCAUAACCAGGAGGACACGGCCGCACCCCUCAGCCCCGUCAGGUUCGCGGUGAAGGCCAUGGAAGCUUUGCUUCUAUGCGCUGGCUACAAGGAGCAGGCCACCUUCAUGAUGAAGCAUGGCCGCUGGGACCUGCUCAUGAGCUCUGACACGCACCACAAAGGUGUCUGCCUGCUUGCCCGGGCCAUGGUUUCGCUCAAUGUCGAGGAGCGAAACUGGAUUUUCCACCAUCUCAUGGCCAUCCUCAACGAUCGGGACGAUAGGCGGUACGUCCCGGCCGUGGCGCUCUUCAUUCAGCUCCUCAAGUGCCCUGACCUUGGCAGCGAGCUGGAAGACGCCAUCGUGGAGGAGAUGAGCAGGCUGCUGAGCGACCCCAAGACCGUGGUGCGCUGCACUCGCUCCUCUGAAGAGCUCUGGAAGGGCCUUUUGCUGCUAAGAUCUCAUAACAAGUUUGAUACCCACAAUAUAGUGAAGGCAGAGAAAGCCCUUGGGGCUUAA